CGGUCUCGUGCCGUCCACCCUGACACUCCACCACCACUCUUCCACCCUGCUCCCGUGACAGAUCGAGAACCAGGACCAGAUCUGGGCCGGCGGCCAUGGCAGAGGCCGCAAGCGAGGGAGCGACGCCUCCCCACCAUGGCCUCCCGGAUGAGAUCUUCAUCUGGGAGAUCCUCGUCCGCCUGCCCCCCAAAUCCCUCCUCCGCUGCCGCGCCGUGUGCCGCGCCUGGCGCAGCGCCACCUCCGCCUGCGGCUUCCUCCUCGCCCACCACGCCCGCCAGCCCACCCUCCCCCUUGUCUACGUCCGCAACAGAGACUUCAACGACGGCGUGUUCCCCUACGGCCACGACGGCAACGGCGCCUCCCUAGACAUCAUCCCCGUCGACCACCGGGCCGCCGCCGACCAUCUCAGGUCCGUCGCGCGACUUGAUCAAGCCUCCGACUUCUAUCGUCUCGAGGGCUCCUGUGACGGCCUCCUUGUCCUCUCCUUGGACGACGACACGCACUUCGUCAUCUGUAACCCGGCGACCCGUCAGUAUGCUCCCUUCUGGCUGCAAUCUGGCUUCAUGUUCCUGGGAAUGUACCGUCACCCCCCAACCGGUGAGUACAGACUACUGAUGUGCCCGUGCUGGUUUUUGGCUCAUCAAGUGAUAGCUGGGAGUAAAGAUGACUGCUACGUUUUAUCGCUGGGCUCCGGCCAGCCGCCGAGGAACAUCGGGCCAGAGCAAACGCAUAAACUGAUAUCCGACACCAGGUCUGUGCUAUUCCGUGGUAGAUUGCAUUGGUACCGGGUGCAGGAGAAGGUCAAGAACAACAUGAUAAUUGUGUUUGACAUCACAGCUGAGUCAUUCCGACAGAUGCAUGUUCCUGUUCGUGGCUGCACUGGUGAUGACCUGUUUGAAAUGGAUGGCAUGCUCGGCAUGUCCAGUUUCAGAGACACAUGGACAAUCAUUGAUAUCUGGGUGUUGCAGGACUAUGAAAGCGAGGUCUGGACCAUCAAGUGCAAGAUUGAAUUGCCGCUUAUGGAGAUCAGGGCAUGGUGUGGAAAGGAUGAUGAAUUAUGCGAGCUGGUGGUUGUGCCUGGAGAUGGUGAGCUGCUCGUGCUGAUCAAAUUUGCCGAGUGGCUAUUUCAGGUUGGCAUGGAUGGCAAGUUGGUCGCCACUUUCCAUCGCAAAGGCGUCCGUCCUACUCAAUUUCAGCUCAAACAAACUCUUGUUCAGCAUGACUUCUUUCCAACACUAGAGGGUUAUGUUGUGAACAAUUUUCCUUUCAUCUGAAGGCUGUUGGGUGAGCUGAUACUUCGUGAUGUCCUUCAUGUUUGUAUCCCAAUGAGCUACAAUAUGUAUUAAUUGGAUCUGCUAUGAGCCUACUAGCUUCUUUGUUGAUGCAUGUAAGCUUCUAAUCAAGAAGCUAUGGCUGUUACAUAGCUGUAUGAAAUCUAUCCUUGUGUCAAUACUCUUUCGGAAUUAAGGGAUUAUUAUGCGUGUCAAUGUCAAAAUUACCAAGUUUUUGGUGUGUGUUU